UCUUGUACGCGUGUUAUAACUAAUGUUGAAUAAACUGGGUGUUCUCUUUCAUUCUCUGUAACAAUUAAAGCAACUGCGCGGCCCUAUCCGAAGGAAAUUAAAGAAGUUAGGUCUUAAGUCACUGAAGAGUGGAUAUGGUAGCCAACAAGAUUGCAUCGACAGAUAUGGCGAGCAAUGUGCCUAAUACCAUGAAAAAGGAACAGCAAACAAUCUCAAGCUCCCUUGGACGGGACAUGGGAACAGCUGCUCAAUGGUUGCUCAGUGUUGAACAAUGGAAAAGUAGGGCAGGAAUUAAUCAACCUCAGAAACAUCAAAUACAAAAGGUUCCGAGUAUGAUGCGUAAAGGACACGAGAAAAUCUAUGAUCCCCAGGUGGUCUCGAUCGGUCCCUGUCACCAUGGCGAAGAAAAUCUCAAGGAAAUUGAGAACCACAAGCCAAAAAUAGCAAAUAAAUUGGCUUCAUUAGCCAAUCUUGAAGUACAGGAUCUCUACCACAAAGCCAUUGAAAAUAAUGAAAGCACAAUAGAAGAAGCGAGGAAAAGCUACACUGAUGAAAUAAUCAACAAGUUUAAUGAAAUGGUCCCCGACAAGCGUAACCAGAAUGAAUUCUUCAAGCGUCUAAUGUUCCUGGAUGGUUGUUUCAUUGUUUAUUUCAUUUGCUGCGUGGAGAAGCAAAGGCUGGAGGAUAUGGAGAUGAAAAAUGAUGAUAUUUUUCUCACAGGGACUGACUUGUUCAAGGUGGAGAACCAGAUCCCAUUUAUAGUCAUCGAAGAACUGAUGAAGGCAGCAUUCCAGUCGGGAAUAGAUUAUAUGGAAAUGAUCAACAGGUUUGUGGAGGCAACCAACAUCUUAAUCGCUAAGGAUGGUAUGGGUGGUAAGCCUCAGAGAAAAGUAAGUUCCGAGCGGCCUUCUCAUCUCCUGGACCUUCUGCGUAGCAAACUCACUGAAAAAAGCGAUGAAUCGAAAGAGAAACAAUGGAGUUGCUUCCCAUACGACAGGUUGCUUCGCCCAUGUUUUUCAGUAAAUAAUAAAUGUCUGCCCAUGUUCAGAAAUGAUAAAGCGCAUGGAUCUCAUCGACAAGGGACAGACUGUUGUUCUUCGUUCCAGAAGCCAUCCAGACUUUUUCCUUUCAAGUAUGUCUGCAAACCCAACUGGCGGGAGCGAUUCAUCUGGCAUUCAUUCCGUUCAGCUAAGGAACUAAAAGAAAUGGGAAUCAGAUUCAGGAUGAGCAAAUCAUAUAGCUUCAAAAGUGUUCAUUUCCGACUUGGCUACAUCCAAGGAUAUGUUUACAUUCCUGGACUAGUUAUUGAUCGCUCAACCGAGGUUAGGUUUCUGAACUUGGUAGCCUAUGAUAGAUGCUUUGGCAAGGGUGAGAAGGAGGUUGACGACGCAAAUUUGUUAACAUCAUACAUUUGUUUUCUGGAUUCACUCAUUGAUCAUGGUGAUGAUGUCAAAGAGCUGAGAUCAGAUGGUGUACUCUUCAACUAUCUUGGCACUGAUGAAGAAGCUGCCAACCUCAUCAACGAGUUGGCAAGAGGAUUGGUUGCUCCUGAUAGAUUUAUAGAUGUUAAGGAGAAGAUUCAACGUUACUGCAGAAACAAGAUGAGGACGUCGACAGCUGAAAUGUUGAGCAAACACUUCAGAAACCCUUGGACGGCCUUGGCUCUAUUUGGUGCAAUAUUAGUCUUGUUCCUUACUGCCAUUCAAACUUACUUGACAUUUGCUCCUCGAAAGCAAUAGUUUGAGGAAUAUAUGUUAGACCAUUCAUCAAGCUAGUACACUCCAUGAGCAGUGUUUAUUUAUUUAUUUUGUCUUCUCUCUCAGUCUAGUCUAUUAAUUAAUUUUGCACUUCACUCCAUGAGCAGUGUCUCCAUUCUUUUCUUUGUAUUUGAA